AUGGCCGACGAUGUACAAGGAGCAGGAUUCAGCCCCAAGAAUGAACCGACGCAUGUCGAAACUACCGAAGAUGCUGAGACGCGCGCUACUAGACGGGAGCUUAAGCAGUCAUCCAUCUCUGACCAACCUGGCAAAAUAACUGAUACCGACGAAAACCGCCCGGAAACGCCUUCUGUUGGCAUAUCGGAUGAGAAGAGCGAUGAGCUGAAGGAGCAGGUCUCCUCGCCUAAGAAGAAGCGUGCCCAUGACCAGCUAGAUGGGGAAGAAGAUUCGCAAGACAACGAUGCUACGAGUGUCACAUCUACCGACUCUGCUAAAGACAGAGCCGUGCGGCUUGAGCCGGAAAAGAAGAGGCAUCGUGAUGAAGAGCCUGUUGGUACAGUGUCGCAUCCUCCACCAGGCACAGAAGAAGUAGAUCAAUCAACUCAAAAUCAUAGCAAAAUGCCUAGUCAACCGACGAAGGAAAGCUCUAGCAGUACAUUUGCGGAGUCGGCGUUCGGCAAACUGGCAUCAAGCUCUUCGGGCUUUGCAACUUUGGGAUCAUCCCAAGGCGGCGGGUUCGCUUCAACUAAGCCAGCUCUAUCGUCCUUUGCGUCGGUGAAGCCUGUAUCAAACUCAGAAACAAGCGGGGCGGAAGCAAACAAAGGGCAAGCCGGACAUGUCCCGAAGCUGUCGUUCGCUGCAAAUUCAGGCCUUUCGCCCUUUGCAGGACUCGGCUCAGGAACUAAUGGACUUGGAAAUAGUAGAUUCGGCUCCGGGCUGUCAGGAAUUAAACCAUUGGGCAGUUUCGGCGCUGCUGGUACAAAGCCCCUCCAGAGCGAGAAAGCAGCAAAGCCCUUUGGAGCACCGGAAAGCGAUGCUGAUGAUGACGAUGAUAACGAUAAUGAGGAAGGGGAUGAAGAGAGUCAACCCGAUGAUCAAGAACGAGGCGCAUCGCCGGAGAAAGAUGCAGAUGAGAAGAAACGACCUAAGCUCCACAAGAUUGCGGUUGAUGAUGGCGAGGCUGGUGAGGUUACGGUUCUGUCUGUACGGGCAAAGAUGUUUUGUCUGGACAAGAAAGAAGGCUGGAAAGAGCGGGGAGCUGGCAUGUUGAAAAUCAAUGUCCCUCAUGCAAGCGUUGAGUUUGACGACGAUGGCGCUGUGAUUCCAGGCAGCUUCGACGCGUCAUGUCUAGAAACAAAUGACGACUCUGCUGAGGGCGAGUCUGCGGGUCCCAAAGUUGCUCGUCUCAUCUUGCGUCAAGACCAAACCCACCGAGUCAUACUAAACACAGCAAUUCUCCCCGCCAUGGAAUUUCAAGAGAAAGCUUCUCUGAAAUCUGUCGGUAUCCUGUUCACCGCUUUCGAAGGAGCAGAAACGAAACCUGUGAGCAUCACAAUCAGAUUGGUGCUAUACAAAGGGAACUACGGGGGAACUAGUCGCAUGUUUCUGCACAAGGUACCGUUGCAACAGAGGGCUGUUUACGAAGGGGGCUUGACGACAACAUGUAGGUGGUUACCCGCGCACCGUCCGUGGCACCACGCACGUGACUACGCGUUGCCACCACGAAAGCCCACUCACGCUCCAAGGCGAACUGGGUUUAAGCAGCUUUGGAUGCAGCCUGAUUCUGAUCUCAAUGAUCAGCAGGCUGAUGCUCAUGAUAGCCAUCCUAAUAAGAAGCGCAAACACUCCUUCAAUGAGCAACAGAGCCCCUGCUUGGUACAACAUGGAAAAGAUGUACUUGGAAAAUUCGCCGAUCACGAAAAAAGCCAGGUCGAAUCAGGAGGAAGGUUUAAACCGACUGUGAAGAAGGAGUCGUCUCUGUGUACGGGCUGUGUCAUAGAAUGGCCUGAUACGUUCAAAGCGUUGGAAAAGACUCACAAGGCUUUGAAUCUAGUCUUUACAUUUUGUUGCAGCCGGAAACAUCUUGCAACGACGUUUGAGAACAUAAAGCCGACAGUCGAAACUCACAUUAAGCGACCGCUAAUGGAGGAAGAGGUGGCAUUAUUAGUCGCCUUGCGACCCGAGGGUAUCAAUUUUGCGUACGUGGAUGAGCUCAUGUUACAGCUCGAUAUUAAGGGCUCAGAAAGAGAUGACACGUUUAAGCCCUCGGGAUCCGCUCGCUCGCAGGCACCCGCGCAUGAUGCAUCCGUAGGCGGAUGGACGGGAAGCGAGAGCCUGGAUGAUCACAGCCGCAGUAAAACAGGCAAUGGUAGCCGAGAGGUGCUAUUCUUUGAGUUCGUCGACGGAGACCUAAAACGCCAGGUGAAAGACAAGAAGACAGGAGAGCCUGUGCGGCCAAACCGCAAACUUCGCGACGAGCAGCUGAAGAUGCCAAUAUAUGGGCAGAAACAAAUGACCCAGCUAAUUGAGAGGAGAAACCAGAAGUUCAAAAAUGCUAUAAAUAUAUUUCUGAACAAGUGUGUGCAAGAUGAACUGGAUCCUGAUGUAACCCUCAGGGAGCAGGCGCAGGCAUUCAUCCCGAAACCAUCUCCAAUGAACGAAGUCGCAGCAGAGUUAAGACCAAAUAUCAUACCAGAGAAUAUCCCGAAGGAGCGUAAAUCGAUACCAGAGAUUGUGCAAGAGCUAAAAGAAAGCUCCUGGUAUACAGGGCAAAUCGUACCGGACGGCCAUAGGGUUUUCGAGUCUCAAGAGGCUAUUUACGGUGAUCUUGGUUUUUUGUUGACUCAAGAUCUUGUCAACGCGCUGUAUAAUGCCAAAGGUAUCACCCGCUUCUAUGCUCAUCAAGCAGAGGCCCUAAACCACCUCCACGAAGGCAAAAGUGUCGUCGUGGCAACGUCGACCAGCUCGGGCAAGUCUUUGAUAUACCAGCUCCCGGUUCUAUACGCGCUUGAAAAAGACUACAAUUCCAGAGCCAUGUACAUUUUCCCGACAAAGGCAUUAGCGCAGGACCAGAAGCGGAGUUUGAAAGAAUUGAUGGUCUAUAUGCCUGGCCUUGAAGCCACAGUCGUUGAAACCUUCGACGGUGAUACGCCAAUGAGUGAACGGACCACAAUUCGUGAAGAAGCCAGGAUUAUAUUCACGAACCCUGACAUGCUUCAUGUCACAAUAUUGCCACAGGAAGAACGUUGGAGAAGUUUCCUGAAACAUUUGAAAUACGUAGUAGUUGACGAACUUCACUACUACAACGGGCAGCUCGGUUCACAUGUUGCUUUCAUCAUGAGAAGACUAAGACGCAUUUGCGCUGCGGUGGGGAACCGGCGAGUCCGCUUCAUCUCUUGUUCUGCAACUGUUGCCAACCCAAAGGAGCACUUCGAAACGAUAUUCGGGAUUAAAAAUGUGGCGUUGAUUGACUACGACGGAUCCCCUUCGGGACGUAAGGAGUUCUUGUGCUGGAAUACACCAUACAAGGAUCCAGGUGACCCUGCGAGCGGGCGUGGGAAUGCGAAGCUUGAAUGUGCCAGACUUUUCUGCGCCCUCCUGUUGAGAGGCGUCCGAAUCAUAGCGUUUUGUCGGGUUCGAGCCCAGUGUGAGAUCUUGGUUAAUGCAAUCAAGCAAGAACUGGAGUCUCUCGGUCGACCAGAGUGUAUAAAUCUAGUUAUGGGCUACCGAGGUGGUUAUACCGCCGCAGAUCGCCGCCGUAUCGAAUCUGAAAUGUUUGAGGGGAAAUUGCUAGGAAUUGUCUCGACUACAGCGCUGGAAUUGGGCAUUGACAUUGGUACUCUUGACUCUGUCAUGAGUUGGGGGUUUCCUUAUACAAUUGCAAAUUUGCGUCAACAGAGUGGUCGCGCGGGGCGGCGUAACAAGGACUCCUUGUCUAUUCUUGUUGGGGAUGGAUACCCGACAGACCAACAUUACAUGCAAAAUCCAGACGAGCUGUUUACUAAACCUAACUGCGAACUUCAAGUCGAUCUUAGCAACAUGCUAGUUCGGGAAGGGCAUAUCCAAUGUGCGGCGUACGAAUUGCCAAUUAGACCCGACCAAGAUGCUCAAUAUUUUGGAGCUGAUAUAUCAGACGUUUGCAAGACCCGUUUAAUUCAGGAUGAGAUGGGUUAUUAUCAUUGCCAUGAUCGAUUUCGACCUCAACCAUCUCGCCAUGUCGCAAUACGGGACACAGAAGACGAGCAUUUUGCCAUUAUCGACAUCACAAAUGGCCGAAAUACCGUAUUAGAGGAGCUAGAAGCGUCAAGAGCUACAUUUACCAUAUACGAUGGAGCCAUAUUCCUUCACCAAGGAAAUACGUACCUUGUGCGAGACUUUCUCCCUGACAGAAAAAUGGCCAAGGUAGAAAAGGUGAAGGUGGACUGGACAACUACCCAGCGAGACUUCACAGAUAUUGAUCCAACAGAGACAGAGGCGAUUCGGAAGAUCUCAUGCUCCUUAUCCCAGGCUUACUAUGGAAUAGUUAGGAUCCAGCAAAAUGUGUUUGGGUAUUUCAAAGUGGACAGGAAGGGGCGAGUUCUGGAUGCCGUUCAAGUCGACAACCCGCCAGUUAUCCGGUACAGCAAGGGCAUGUGGUUAGAUGUUCCAAAAACAGCACUGGACAUCCUUCAAGACCGACGCCUGAAUUCGGCGGCAGCGAUCCAUGCCGCAGAACAUGCAGUCAUGAGCUUACUUCCAACAUUUGUCAUUAGCAUGCCAGAAGACGUCAGAACUGAGUGUAAAGUGGCGCUGAAGGAGUUCUCCAAGAAGGAAUCGCAAAGAAAGCGGCCUGCAAGACUCACAUUUUAUGACGCAAAAGGUGGUGCUAGCGGAUCGGGCAUCAGCACGAAGGCAUUUGAUCACAUAGAUCAUUUAUUGAACAUGGCGCUGCGGCGCGUUGAAGCUUGCCUAUGCCAGCGUGGCUGUGUUGAAUGUGUGGCAUCGGCCAUGUGUAAAGAGUCUAACGAAGUAAUGAGCAAGGCCGGGUGCCGUGUUGUGAUCAGGAGUCUGCUGAAUAUGGAAAUUGACGUUGAUCAGCUCCCAAUGGGGCCGGAAGAAUUUAGCCCAGUGGCCUUUGAGACUGUUAUACCAGCUCAGCCUGUACCUUGCGGAGGCCAAGCAAGAACGAAGAUUGGCACGAUGAAAAGCGUGAGGCAGGACGGAUAA